CAGAGCGUGUCCUGCUUAUUCAAUGGCCGGAAACGGCGGAUGCCGCAACAUUGUAACGGUGCUGAAUGGAGGAUUUUUAACACGCCAAGUGGAACCUGCCUUGGUUUUACUCCGUGGAAGGUGCGGUCCUAGCGGGGUGAAGUAAAAAGAUUUGACCAUUUUUUCCCCUUCCUGGACAUUUUGUCUUUACUGUGUGGACUGUAAAGCCGACGUGAUUACACAACCUCGGACGGGAUCAAAGGGUACAGUCGAUCCGCACCGGAAGAAACACAAAUGUAUUUUAAUAAUAUAACAAGGGGUUCCCAAACUAAGGGUCAGGGACCCGGUUUGGACCACAAGGCAUUUUUAGUUUUUGUUAGUAAUUUUAUUUUUUGAAUAAUUUUGUCGUGAUGCUGCUCAACUGCGACCAUCCCUUAACUCUUCUGAGUUACUCGGAUGUGCCGCCCCGGGUCAUCGAGAACUUCAUCCUGACCGGCUACCGCUUCCCCAAUUACAGCUUCCGAGAUUGCGUCCUGUCGGCGUUCCGGCCCACCAAUGAGACGGGCAACUUCUGGACUCACUUCCUCCCCGUUUUUGUGUUCGCCUACCACUUCGCCGAGGUCUUCGACUGGGACGAGGCGCCGUCCGGGUGGCACCCGUUUUUCUACCCGCUCUGGACCUACUUCCUGUGCGUUUCAUCUCUGCUGGUGUCCAGCAGCUUCGCCCACUUGCUGAACUCCAUGUCGCUGGUGGUGAGAGAAGUCUGCUUCUUCGUGGACUACGGGACCAUCAGCGCCUACACGGUGGGGUCGUCCUUGGCGUACCAUUACUACAUCCACCCCCGGCCCGGGCUGGACCAGAUAAACACCGACAGGGACCUGAAGCCUUCGGAGUUCCGACUCUUCUUCGAGACCCUCUACAUCCCCAGUGCUUGUGUCGUGGCCAUUAUUUGCCACCUGUCCUGCUGCUACACUCGCCAAAAGUGGAGGCGCUAUCGGUACGCCAUCCGGACCCUGGUUUUCUUCCUCCCGUUUCUGGUGUCGUCCACACCCAUCUUUUACCGCCUCCUCAUCCGAACGCCGUAUUCCACCGCCUCCGUCUUCUUCUACCGCCACUGCUUCUGGCUGCUGGCGGCGGCCGGGUUCAACAUCAGCAAGGUCCCGGAGAGGUUGUCCCCUGGUCACUUCGACAUCUGGGGUCACAGCCACCAGUGGUUCCAUUGCUGCACCUUUUUGUCCAUCCUGGACGAGCUCCACAUGAUCAAGUCGGAGGUGAGGGCCAUCCUGGCCGGGUCCGUAGCUCUGCCCCCCGGCCCAGCUGCCGGAGCCACCUAUGGGGUCAUGCUUUUCCUGCAGGCCACCAUCGUCUCGAUCAUUGUCGCGUUUUCUUGGCAUGCCAACUGUCUUUACGGGAAUCAAGUAGCAAACAAACACCAGAAAAGUCACUGAUUUCUUGAUCGGAUCUCGUAGUUUCGACUCCCAUUUGAUGAUGGAUAAAACUCGUUAGCCGCUAUGCUGAGAUGUAUGGUUUAUGAUCUACAGAAAACCUACAGGGAGAUGAUAAUCGCGUAAGAGUUUAUAAUAACAAUAUCACCAAUAACUAGUCAAUAUUCAAGUCACCAAAUGUAAAUAAUGGGUUGUACUUGUAUAGCGCUUUUCUACCUUCAAGGUACUCAAAGCGCUUUGACACUACUUCCACAUUUACCCAUUCACACACACAUUCACACACUGAUGGAGGGAGCUGCCAUGCAAGGCGCCAACCAGCACCCAUCAGGAGCAAGGGUGAAGUGCCUUGCUCAGGACACAACGGACGUAAAUGGAGUAUUGUUGGCGGUUUUCCGAUGUUUAUUUAUUGGAUUUUAUGGGUGGAGUAGACGAGUUCCCAUUGGCUCGAUGGCGUACUUUUUGAAUGUUUUUUAGAGUGCAAAGUAGCUAUCGUUAGCUUCAUAGUUAGCCACCUCGUACUUAGAAUGUAGAAUGCAUAAACCAAAAAUUUGCAAAUGGGUGAGUCCAUGGUUCUCGCCCGGAAAAGGGUGGAGUGCCAUCUCAGGAUCGGGGAGCGGACGCUGCCCCAUGUGGAGGAGUUCAAGUACCUCAAAAUCUUGUUCACGAGUAUGGGAGGAGUGGAUCGUGAGAUCAACAAGCAGAUAGGUGAGGUGUCUUCAGUUAUGCGGAGGCUGUAUCGAUCUGUUGUGGUGAAUAAGGAGCUAAGCCGGAAAGCACAGCUCUCAAUUUACCGAUCGAUCUACGUUUCCAUCCUGACACGUGGUCAGGAGCUUUGGGUUAUGACCGAAAGGACAAGAUCACAGGUACAAGGGGCCGAAAUGAGCUUCCUCCGCCGGGUGGCGGGUCUCUCCCUUAGAGAUAGGGUGAGAAGCUCUGCCAUUCGGGAGGAGUUCAAAGUAAAGCCACUGCUCCGCCACAUCGAGAGGAGCCAGAUCAGGUGUAUCGGGUAUCUGGUCAGGAUGCCACCUGAACGCCUCCUUCGGGAGGUGUUUAGGGCCCCUCCGACGGCUAGGGAGGCAUGGGGAAGACCCAGGACACUUUUGGGUAGACUAUGUCUCCCGGCUGGCCUGGGAAAGCUUCGGGAUCCCCCGGGAAGGGCUGGGGAGAGGAAAGUCUGGGCUUCCCUGCUUAGGCUGAAGUCCCCGCAACCCGACCUCGGAUAAGCGGAAGGGUUAUACUUGUACGUAUAGCGCUUUUCUACCUUCAAGGUACUCAAAGCGCUUUGACACUACUUCCAUAUUCACCAGUUCACACACACUGACGGCGGAAGCUGCUGUUCAAGGCGCUAACCACGACCCAUCAGGAGCAAGGGUGAAGUGUCUUGCUCAAGGACACUACGGACGUGACUAGGUUGGUAGAAGCUGGGACAAUCAAUCACAAACCUUAUUUGAGAUAGGAACACAAAUAGGGGACGGCGUGGUGCGGUUGGUAGAGUGGCCGUGCCAGCAACCUGAGGGUUCCUGGUUCGAUCCCCCACCUACCACCAACCUCGUCAUGUCCAUGGUGUCCUCGAGCAAGACACUGCACUCUUGCUCCUGAUUGGUCGUGGUUAGGGCCUUGCAUGGCAGCUCCCGCCAUUAGUGUGUGAAUGUGGAAAUAGUGUCUAAGCGCUUUAAAGUAUAACCCAUUUAUACUUUUUUAUGUUUAUGCAUUCUAUUUUGUCAUAAACGGUGAGUACGAGGUGGCUAACAAUGAAGCUAACAAUAGUCAUCUACUUUGUCCUCUAAAAAAAACAUUCAAAAUUACAGACGAUACUCCAUUUUCUUGUCCAGACAUGAACAUUUGCCGAGUAUUAGCGAUAUUGUUAUUAUAAGCGCUAAUGCUGAACUACUUUUAGCCGCGCUGUGAUCACAGGGAGAUAGUCUACUGUUGCACCUAUUGACAUAUUGAGAUGCUGCGUCACCUCUGAGCUGGUGAAAGUUAAUUCCAGAUUAUAAAUUGUUCCUCUCACCUGGAUAUUAAAAGGUUGUGGCCAUAAACCAAUAAGUUGGUUGUAUUUGACAUUUUAUUUAGACUCAUGAGAUCACAAGAAUGACAAAAAGAUGCCCCUUGUUGGGGGAGUUGUGACGGCACAGAACCACAAGGGGGCAGUGAAUGGUAAAUGGAUUAUACUUGUAUAGCGCUUUUCUUCUUUUUAAGGAAUUCAAAGCAGUUUGAGACUAUUUCCAGGUGACUAACAAUGAAGCUUAUGAUAGUCAUCUACUUUCCCCUUCAAGAAAACAUUCAAAAAAUGCCAACGAUACUCCAUUUUAAUGUCCAGACAUUAAUAUUAGCGAUAUUGGUAUUAUUAGCGCUAAUGCCGAAGAACUACUUUUAGCGGCUACGUGAUCCUUUUGAGCCUUUCUUCAUGCAGCAUUUUAAGAAGAAAAAUACAAUAAUUUAUUGUAAUGAUAAAGUUAUGUUAUGGAUUUUUUUGUUUGAUGUUGAAAGUAUAUGAGUAUUAAGGGUGUCAAAAGAUGUUUGUAAUGAAUCGCUAUUCUUAAUUAAAAAAAAAAAAAAAAAAUCUAUUUUUUUAUUUAUUUAUGUUCUUCCUCAAUCAGACAAAUCCUCUUGUUGAUGUAGAUGAUCUAUAUCGGCUGUGCAGAUUUACCUUAGAAAAGAGAAUUGAUGAAUUUGUCUCUUGUUGCUUUAUUAAAAGUGAAAGUACCAAGAUUGCCACACGCACACUAAGUGUGGCGAAAUUACUUCUGCAUUCGACCCAACGCCCUUGAUCGCCCCCUGGGAGGUGAGGGGAGCAGUGAGCAGUAGCUCAACAUAACAAAACAUCACUUACUGUACGACGUCUGCUGUCGUUAGGACGCCGACUGCCAGGAUGUUUAUAUAUUCCCAUUUAGAUGAAGAAUCACUCAUAAUCUUCACAAAGAAACGGAGUGGGGGUUACAAGCGUAAUUUUCGUGUCUUUCUUGCCAGUUCCGGGUCCUAAAUGGCUAUCUAAAUACUGUAGUUGGUCUGUGUAAGCGUUUAUAAUAACAAUAUCACUAAUUACUUGUUAAUAUUUAUAAUAACAAUGUCACUAAAACUUGUUGAUAUUCAAGUAACCAAAUGUAAAUGGAGUAUUGUUGGCGGUUUUUGGAUGUUUUUUUAAUGGAUUAUAUGGACGGAAUAGAGGAAUUCCCAUUGAAAUUGUAUAUAUGUUUAUUUUAUUUUUUUAAUCCAUCGGUCCUCAUACCUCUCAUAAUGAUUGUGAUAGGUCAGGAAAAUUCCAAAUAAAAGCGCAUUUUUCUAUCAAUGCUAUCCUUAUUUGAGACAAGAGCACAUACGUAUUUCUUUUUUAUGCACUCUAACUUGUCACAUACGGUAAGUACAAGGUGGCUAACAAUGAAGCUAAUGAUAGUCAUCUACUUUCCCAUUCAAAAAGUGCCAAAAAUACUAAAUUUUCUUGUAUAUUAGCCAAGUAUUAGCGAUAUCGGUAUUAUGAGCGCGAAUGCCGAAUAACGACUUUUAGCGGCGCCGUGAUCACAGGGAGGUUGUUCACUGUUGCAGCUAUUGACAUGUUGAGCAUCACCUCUGAGCUAAUGAAAGUUAGUUCUAAAUUAUAAAUUGUUCCUCUCACCUGGAUAUUAAAAAGUUGUGGCCAUAAACCAAUAAGUUGGUUUUAAUUGACAUUUAAUUUAGACCCAUGAGAUCAAGAGAAAGACACGAAAAGAUUCCCGUUGCUGCGGGAGUUGUGACGGCACACAACCACAGGGGGGCAGUAAAGCUCUAUGAUUUAUUAUAUGUAUAUAAAUAUAUAUAUACAAUAAUAAACAAUAUAAUUUAAAUCAAGGUAAUGGCGUGUGGGAACUAGAUCCAAAGGGGUGUAUGGUGGAAGACUAUGUGUAUGAUGAGUGUUGGGGUGUUGUGUUUUACCAAAUGUUGAACGACAAGAAGGAAAAAGGCUGGAAGGCGGUCCGUGAGCAGGCGGAUAUAGGAGAAUGGCCAGGCGUCAGAGGUCCGUGUCCAAGCGGAGGUCGAGGAUGAAGGAAGGCAGUCCAGAAUACAGAGAGAAACUACGGGGGAUCGCGGGAGAACUCAGGAAAGCACUGCAGGAGGACAACACGGACAUCAGACACGGAAAAAAGAGGAAGAGCGAAUAUGCAGGAUACAAACCAGACAAGGGGUGCUUACUAGGAUUGCUGAUCCCCCACAACGCUGCCAACGGAAGUGCUGGCAGACCCAGCCGCCGGAGAAAAGCGGGUUCAAGCCCGUGCCAUGACAGGUUGGCGAAUUUUUUUGUUUUUUUUACACCUGCCUGAGGUACUUAUUCUAAAUAAUUAUUUUAACUUAAUCGAAAGAUUUAAACAUGCCAGAAGUUUAACAGCAAACGGACAGGAGGGAUUUAUUAAUAGUAUGAAAAUUAAACCAGAUGUAAUAUGUACUCAAGAAACAUGGCUGUAGCCAAAGUUGAACUUUAUAAUAAAAGGAUAUAUAACAAUAUGUAAAGAUAGGGAUGAUGGGCAAAAAGGGGCAUAUGCCAUAUUUAUUAAAGAAGAACCAGAAUCAAGAAAUACUUGGAUAAUCCCCCCCAAAGAUCGGACAAACACUACAGGGAGACAGAACUGGAUCAAACAUGACAGGGAGACAGAACAGGAUCGCUGACGGGUCAGCCAACUUCCAACGCCCCUUACAAAAAAGGUGAGGGACAGGUAAACGCUGGGGAGGGAGAAAAAAAAUGUAAUCUGAGCUUGGGCCCCUGGAGAGGGGGUUCAGACUGAGGGCAAAGGAAGAAAAAAAACCUAAUAGCCAUAGCACACAUACGCAUUUGUUUUAAGAGGGAAACAUCAAAGAACGCAAAGUUAAAGUACCAACGAUUGUCAUAAACACACUAGGUGUGGCGAAAUUAUUCUCUGCAUUUGCGUCCUGGGAGGUGAGGUGAGUAGUGGGCAGCAGCGGUGGCCGCGCCCGGGAAUAAUUUUUGGUGAUUUAACCCCCAAUUCCAACCCUUGAUGCUGAGUGCCAAGCAGGGAGGUAAUGGGUCCUAUUUUUAUAGUCUUGGCUACGACUCGGCCGGGGUUUGAACUCACGACCUACCGAUCCCAGGGCGGACACUCUAAACCACUCGGCCAACGUGGUCACUAGGCAACUGGCCGCUUCUACACACAGCCACAAAAGUAAAACAACAACAAAAUGUACACUGUGGUAGACUCUGUGGUUUUCCACGCCAUCGUCUUUUGGGGGUGAGGGGAGCAUGGCCAGGGAGAGGAGCAGACCCAACAAAGCAACCAAGAGAGUCGACUCCACCCUCGGCCGCUAAAAGUAGUUCUUCGGCAUUAUAUUAUAAGAAAUGCAUUAUAUAAUAUUAAAAGUAACACAAUAACUUAAAAUAUGGGAUAAUAAAGAAAAAUUCAAAGUGCUUAACUUCUUGAAUCUGUGCAAGAAAUGACAGAUCCAUUCGAUUUGAAACAAUAGGGGGAGCAUUGGAGUGGAAAUAUAAUUCGGUG